CCUGCGGAUCUGCAAUUAUGUUUGCUCAAAAGGUACCUCCUGCACGAAGCAUGUGGCAGCAUUCGAAUUGGCCCCUAGGCCACGAAAAAAGUAAAGACAACACCGUGAUGAGGAGCUUGACCUGAUCACGUCUGCCGCAGAUUAUUCCGCUGCGAGCCUAAAAAGCAACAGCUCAAAGGCUUGAGCUUAGUCUGACAGACAACGUUGGACCGUUUGUCGAUCGCAAGUAUCAUUCGCGAUGCGAGUGUGCUGCACAACGUCCUAUGUUUGGCUCUUGAUGACAAGUUUGUGUAUGGUGUUGUUGCUUUACAACGUCACUGCUUCAGCUGGUCGCACUGCAGCUGGCGAGUCCUCCAAGUCAAAAGCCGCUUCCAAAAUCAAACGUCCACGGACUGGAUCUUCAAUCAAUUCACCAGCUUCAAAAAAGACUCGAAACCCAUUGCCAGGUGAAGCCAAGCGACUGAAGUCUGCAUUCCACCAAGAAAAUGUCCCAGAGUGCCGAAAUGUGUCGGUCAAUUAUCACGUCCUUUUCGACCCCAGGAAUGAUCCAGAUACAACUCGAGCCCGACCUAUCAACGCUCCACACACAUCGUCCUCAGAAAGUGACAGUUCUUGCAAGACGGACUGUCAGCAGAAGAUCGACCGCUUCGAAAGAAGAUUGAUCGAAGCAAUACGGAUGAAGAACCGACCCCCUGCGUGUUGGGCAAGUAAAAGGUUCAGCAUCGUGCAGCGAAGAGCAACCCUGGUGGGUGACGAUAUCAGCACUAUGCAACGAGAAGUAAGCCUGACGGGUUGCGACUCUCCAAACUGCCACAUGCUAUCUACAUUGUGUCAGUGCAGUUUCAACUUGAUGAUUCCUGAGCAGAUGAAUGCCACGAGAGCAGAAAUUCAAAGUGAGAGAUUGCGCCUAUCCAGAGGGGGUGUGUAUACCCAAAUUUCAUGGUGCGACUUGCGACAGUUUCCAGCGACGAUGUCCAAUGAUCUGGGGAACACAGGGCAAGUGUUCCAGGAGAAGAUGGCGGAACAGCAGAAAAUGGAGGUGGGAAAAAUAGAGAAGCAAAGCUGGCCACUUCUCGGAUGGCAAUCCGUCCCGAAGGAAGCUGUCAUACUGGGAGUUCCUUUUUCUUGCCCAGAGCCACUAGCAAAGGGCGCAGAAAGGAAGCUUUCAAGCAAAGUGGAGGAAAUUUGUAUUUGUCCCAACAAUCACGACAAUGACAAAAGGCAGUGCAGUCAUAAAGAGUUGAUAUGCGAGACAGUCAGCUUGGCUCAGGCUGUUGACAACUUGCGAAGGGGUGGAGGUGGGUUGUUCGACGUUUACGUGGAAAAGUUCCCCCAGCUGAAGGAUUAUGUGGAACCCAUUUCAGGCACAGCAAUAGCGACCGACCAGGUAUCGCAAGAAAACUGGGCAACGCUGCUCGCCGCAGUUGAUUCGGUCAUUGAAAGAGGCUUGGAUAGCGACCUCAACCUACCUGCAGAAGCGAACGACGAAUUUUGACUUGCUCGGGGUCUGGAUGCGCACCUCUGCUUCUUCCGUUGCAGACGCCAAACAGUUCCAUGCGCAUCCCAUCAUUGAGCAAUGAAAACACCUUCACCGACCGCGAAACAGUGAAACAUGCUCAGAUUUUUUAUUUCAUAUCAUAGAUGAUGUAGUCAACACC